CGAGAAAUCGGAUCGGAGUGCCGACAUGUGUUUUUCUAACAAUUGCCUCCUAAAAUAUUUUGUUUGUUUACCUUGAGUUUUUCUCACGAUAGAAAAAAAACGUUAUUUUUAAGGACAUUCCCAAAGACACGUGAAAGCGUUUGAUGCAUCGACAUGCACGUCCUCCAUUUGUCAAUCUACAUUGUAUUUCACCUGUGUGUGCUUUUCUUGAAUGUCCAUUGCCAGGAGGCUUAUACAUUCGAUGAUGUCACGCCUGAUACAGCCACUCCAGAGCUCAGAAAUAUACACUCGUUCUUCUAUAUGUCCAGCGAAGAAGAUUUGUCUAGUUUGGCUGCAGAGACAAGGAAGAACGAACAAUCGCUUAGCAAUGCAAUGGCACAGCCAUGCAGUUGUCGAGAACUGGAUGAACGAAAUACUCAGGAAGCAAUCUUCUAUAAACGUUUGAUCGCUAUAUUAUUAUCAAAUCUUGCGAUACAGAGAAUUGAUGACGGAUUAAUUGGAAGGCUUAACAUAGAAGCGUCUUCUUCGCAAUUCGAGUACCUUCAGAACUUUGUAAACGGCCAGGGUUCUAUAAGGGAAGUUGACAGAAUUCUCAACAAUGCGAUAAAGCGAUCUGCAUACUCGGCGUGUGAUUAUAUGGCCGAGGCGUCUUAUUAUUUCAAUUUAUUUACGAGCAAAGCAUCGGAGUAUUUGAUGCUUAUGAAUGAACACUGGGACAUAACUAUAAUCGCCUUCACACUCAUAGCUAGUUUUAUAAUUUUGAGAAGACAAAGAUGGUCUCGAGGUUUACUUAUCUUUCUCAUGAUCGAUGUUAUAUUUGUAAUCAGUUUCUUCAUAACUUGGUGGCGACUUAUACAGGAAGCAGAAAUUAAAUUAAUGGCGGCACAAGCUCAAUUUGCUGAAAUGCCAAUUGCCUGCCAGCCGGAUAAAAUGAGUCUGUGGGACAAGAUGUGGGAGAAGAUUGUAUCCUCUACAAACGAUUGCGAAAGAUACUAUGAAACAAUCAAGACAAAUCCUAGAUUGCAAGUGACACCAGCAUUUGCAUUGACCCAUUUUGUCACUACGACUAUUUUCCAACCUUUAUCGUACUUUGGGUUAGUUAUGUCUGAAUUCAUAGAUAAUGCUACCA